GAUAACCUACACAUAAAUUUAUGAGUUGAGAGAAAUAUUUUUUCGUUAAAAUAAAAUUUUUUAAAUUUCUCGUGUUAUUUAAUUUUUUGAAUGUGAAAAAAAAAAUAUGAGAAUGGUCAAAUUAAUGAGUUAUCCAUUUAAAGUUUUAAAUGCCCGCCGUGGGCAUUCUGCAGAUUGUUUAAUUUCCGAUUGGAGACUAAAAUCACAACUGACACCACCAGAAACGUCACUAGCGCAUAGAAACUUGGAUACAAGUAAAGGUAAUGGAUUAGAAGAAAACUCGAAUAUGAACGUCAGAAAAUUCAAGAUAAACUCAAGUCUAGAGACUAUAAAGAUCGAUCGAGGUGUCAGUGAAUAUUGGAGCAACAUGUUGCGCUACCAUUGGCCAAUUGCCGUUCAAAGUACAUGUUUAAUUAUAAUUAUUGUACUUCUUGGACCGUGGAUUGGAUUGAGAUGCAACCAAGACUUUGAUUUUAAUUCAAAUGAAAAUAAAUUUUCACUUUGGCCGCCUUUUAAUUCUAUGCCAUCUUACUCUAGUUUUAGAGCUGGCAGAUACAACUACGGUGGUUGUAAUUAUGGACUAUAUUGUGGUGGUAUAAAAACAGCUGAUGGCGAACUAGUGCGGAGGAAAGCAAGCUUUUUGAAGCGUAAGAGAAACCACAAAGAGUUGAUCGACUAAUUAGACUUUAUUAUAUUAAUAUAUAUAUAUACAUAUAUUGCAUUAUUAAAUUAUGUGGUAAUUUUUUUUUUAUUUAUAAAUAUUAAAUAGUCAAUAUUUUAAAAAUAUAAACGCGUUAUUUAUUUGAAUAAUUGUUUUUAUUUUACAAUAAGAUUUUUUUUAAUUGGGUUAACUUUUAAAAAAAUUUUUAAUGAGGUAAAAUGGACA